CUCCUCUCAGCCACGGGGCAACGACCGCCCUCAGCGACCCCGUGGCCGUGGGGAGGUGACAGACCCCCCCGGGGGGGGCUCCACGGCCAUCGGAUGGUCGGAUGGUGACAGCCCCGCUGGCUCCCCUCACCCGCGGGGCACCGACAGCCCCCCAGGUCCCCUCAAGCUGUGAGGUGAUGACAGCCCCCGGGCCCCCUCAUCGGCGGGGCGGUGACAGGCCCCGGUGGCGGCGGGGCGGGAACGAAGCGGUUGCCCGGUCCCCGCCGCCGCCCGCCAAAGGGGCCCCCGCUCGCUCCUGCGCCUUUAACGCGGCGGGAAUCCCGCCGCCUCCCAGCUCGGGGCCCGGCAGCGGCGGCGUAGCGAAGAUGGCGGAGUCCGGCGGGGCCGAGUUCGCCGCGGAGCGGCCCAGCAGCAUGGCUGACAAGAACAGCACCCUGAAAUGCACGUUCUCUGCUCCUGGCCACAGCACCACUCUACUGCAGGGACUGGCCUCGCUCCGAGCUCAGGCUCAGCUGCUUGAUGUCAUCCUCACUAUAAAUAAUGAAGUGUUUCAGGUUCAUAAAGUUGUCUUGGCUGCCUGCAGUGACUAUUUCAGGGCAAUGUUUACAGGUGGGAUGAGAGAAGCCAGCCAAGAUGUGAUUGAACUGAAAGGUGUAUCUGCAAAAGGACUGAAACACAUAAUAGACUUUGCGUACAGUGCUGAAGUGACUCUUGAUCUUGACUGCAUUCAGGAUGUGCUGGGAGCUGCUGUCUUCCUCCAGAUGGUGCCUGUCGUGGAGCUCUGCGAAGAAUUUCUGAAGUCUGCCAUGAGCGUAGAAACGUGUCUCAAUAUCGGGCAGAUGGCCACCACCUUUAGCCUCGCAUCCUUGAAGGAAUCAGUAGAUGCAUUCACUUUUAGGCAUUUCCUCCAGAUCUCCGAGGAAGAGGAUUUCCUCCACCUGCCACUGGAGCGCCUUGUUUUCUUCUUGCAGAGCAAUAAGCUGAAAAGCUGCAGUGAAAUAGACCUCUUCCGUGCUGCCGUCCGCUGGCUGCAAUAUGACCCAACCCGCCGUGCCAAUGCCAGCCAAGUCCUCUGCCACAUUCGCUUCCCGCUGAUGAAGUCCUCGGAGCUGGUGGACAGCGUCCAGACCUUGGACAUCAUGGUGGAAGAUGUCUUGUGCCGGCAGUAUUUGCUGGAAGCAUUCAAUUACCAGAUCCUGCCCUUUCGUCAGCACGAGAUGCAGUCCCCUCGGACCACCAUCCGCUCGGACGUCCUGUCCCUCAUCACCUUUGGCGGCACUCCUUACACCGAUAACGACCGCACUGUGAGCUGCAAAGUCUACUACCUGCCAGAUGCCAGCGUGCGCCAGUUUAAGGAGCUGACGGAAAUGGAGGUGGGCAGCAGCCAUUCUUGCGUGGCCGUGCUCGACAACUUUGUCUACAUUGUAGGAGGGCAACACCUGCAGUACCGGAGCGGCGAGGGAGCUGUGGAUAUCUGCUACCGUUACGAUCCGCACCUGAACCAGUGGCUGCGCAUCCAGGCCAUGCAGGAGAGCAGGAUCCAGUUCCAGCUCAAUGUCCUCCACGGCAUGGUGUAUGCCACUGGUGGGAGGAACCGGUCGGGGAGCUUGGCCUCUGUAGAGAAGUAUUGCCCCAAAAAUAACGAGUGGACUUAUGUGUGCUCCCUGAAACGCAGGACGUGGGGGCAUGCUGGAGCCACGGUAGGAGACAAAUUGUACAUAUCAGGUGGGUAUGGCAUAUCAGUGGAAGACAAAAAAGCCCUGCACUGUUACGACCCUACCAUGGAUCAGUGGGAGUUUAAAACCCCAAUGAACGAACCCCGAGUUCUGCAUGCCAUGGUCAGUGCAAAUAAUAGGAUUUACGCUCUGGGAGGCCGCAUGGACCAUGUUGACCGUUGUUUUGAUGUUUUGGCUGUGGAAUAUUACGUGCCUGAAACAGACCAAUGGACAACGGUGAGCCCUAUGCGCGCAGGUCAGUCGGAAGCUGGCUGUUGUUUACUAGAAAAAAAGAUUUAUAUUGUAGGAGGGUACAAUUGGCAUCUGAACAAUGUUACAAGCAUUGUGCAGGUGUAUAACACAGAAACUGAUGAAUGGGAAAGGGACCUACAUUUUCCAGAAUCUUUUGCUGGGAUAGCAUGCGCUCCUGUUAUACUACCGCAGGUAACGACCCAGAGAUAACUAUGCGUGAUGGUGUCGGCCUGUGAAAUCACCUCGUGUUGCAUGUUAUCAGGAUGCUGUGUUGUUUCUUUGUUGUUUGCAAAUGGUAUCGUGCAUUUUGUGGGUGAGGGAAGGAGAAAAAUAGCUUGCGUUCCCUCCUCCAUAAAGUCCCUCCUCCUCUUAUGUAGUGUUCUGGCAAGCGUGUUUCAUCAGAAGCACUUGUCAGCUAGUUAGACUUAACAGAUGUUACAGCUGGAAAAAGCUUUUCUCUUUUUUCUUUUUUUUUGAUGGGGGGGUGCAUUUUGCCAACUUUUCAUAUUUUUAACAAUGUUACACAUUGCAAACAUUGACAGCUCAGGAGUAACUAAGUACUGUGGUAUGUUUAAAAGAGUUCAGGUGUGAUUUUUUAUUAAUAGCUCCGAAAAUCAUUGUAUGUUGCUUUGUUGUUUUUUAGCAAACAAAAAAACCAAAACCUGUAUAACAUACUGACCUCCAGAAGCAAUAAAGGGACAGUGGGAGCUAGAAGAGCUCAGGCGCUUGGAUUAUGAAAGCAUAUUCUUGCUUUUCAAAGGUGACUUUUCCACCCCACCCCUCCUAAAAGGGGAAUACUUAUCCCUGCACACCUCUGGUCUCCGUUGGUUCUUCAUUGCUUGGAUGACACUGCAAUUCCAGAUCCCUUCCUCACCCCUUCCAGAUAGCAGCAUGAUACUCUAGUCCAGAAAUUCUCCCUUAAUUGGGGCACCCAGAGUUUGCAACACUAAAGCCAUGUUGAUAGCUUGAUUACAUAUAAACGGGCAUGAUUUUUUUAUAACUGCCAAAAAUUUGUUUGGCUUCACUGGCAAUAAGAGCUCUGCAGCUGUUCGUCUGGGCUGACCCACUAAAGCAGAGAGCACCCGGAGUUUCUGGUUUAGGACCCCGCUGCCUUUGCCUGUCUGAUCGCUCCACCAAUACACGUUCAUCCAAACUCUUUUCAUACAGUAAAGGAGGUGGGUGCUACUUGUUCAUCAGCUUGAAGGUUUUCUCCCUUGACUUGUAAAUAAGAUCCUUGGCAUCAUAAUAUGAUGGAAGUCUAAGUAAGUGGGAUGCGGUUUUUUUGUUGUUGUUGCCAGUGGGUAUUUUAAAUUAAGAGAUUCAUUUUAAGAUGACUCUGUCAUUUUUGUAAAAUCUGUGUUUACUGCACAGAAUACUGUUACUUCCUGAACUUUCCUUUCCGCCAAGCCAUUUUUUCUAAUUAAUUUGACUGAUUAAUGAAUUGAAAAUUUCUCCUUUUAUCAGGUAUUCUGUUUCAAGGGCUUUGUUUUGUAUCUGUAUGUUUCAUUUUGAUGUAUCCAGUCAUCUUUUUAGAGAAACUGUUGCAUUCUGCUGUUAAAUAAAUACUGUGCUGUAACCUUUAGAGACAAUAUGUAAUACCUGUCUUUGAAAUCAGUCAUUGAGCAGGUCUGUGUAAAGCAUGAACUCCAUACCUCCAGAUUCACUUAAAGACACUUUUCUCUAGUAAUGAAAUCAAAGCACCUCGGGAUGUGAUAUGGUGAGGGCACAUGCUCUCUCAGUUAAUCUCUGCAUUCUAAAUUUUAGAUAAAAUGAUGCAUAGUUUAAUCUGUUCCUAUCUAUUUGCUGGUUUGCCAAUAAUAAAUUAAUGAAAAGUACUUGUUGUUGUAUAGUAUGCUAAAGUCAGUGGGCAAGCUCUGCUUUCUAGCUCUUAGGCAGUUAAUUUACUCCAUUCUCUGUUCAUUUGGUCUGGCAUAGAAGCUAGAAACACUGCAGAACAGUCUUGGCAGAUAACAAGCAAAUUUUGAAAGGAUGAAAUGUAACUUGAUACAAGCUUCAAAGUUACAAAAUAAUGGAUUUUCUUUUUUUAAUGCUUCCAUAUGUUUAUGAAAAGGGUACUUUCUUAGGUUAGUAACAAAUGGAAGGUUACUUGCUUUCCUACAGAAUACGAUUAAUCGUCUUAAGAGUGUGUCAUUCCUUCAUCAUUGCUCUCCUAAAAUACUUAAGUAUUCUUCCCUAUUUUAUUUAAAUUUUCCUACCAAAAGCAUUUCUGUGGCAGCAGUUGAUGGUUUGGGUGUUCCCUAAUAACUGAGUUUUUCUGAACGUGCAGCUGUGGUGCUCGUAAGCCACACCACAUCAGAUGACUGGAGAACCCAUGCGAAGACCAUAGUUGGCAUCUCUUCAUAAGGAAACUGUGCUUUAUUUUUCACUUCAAGUUUCUAAGGUACGUGUGUGUGUUGGGGGGUAAAGGGGAAAAAAGAAAAAUCCUUGAAAAAAUGGAAAAAGCAUCUUUGGUCUCACUUUUAAGGUCAACCUUGCAAAAACAAACUUAACCUCUGUAUUCAUUCAUAUUGGAAUGGUGGCUUUGCAGAUAGGAGGAUACACAAAGCCAUUCUGUAACUGUAUUUAAUAAACAGACCAACUGUUGCCUGCAAUGCAGCAAACUAGCCUGGUACUCGCAUUCCCAUUCCCUGGCACUCUGGAGCAGGAGCUGGGAAAGGUUUCCAGAUUCUUUCACUGAGACUUGUGACAGAACACCGCUGUGCACCACCUCUCUUUGUUACUGGAAUGUUCUUUUUAUAGCAAUAUAAAUAACUAUUUUUCAUAACGUUAGCUAGAAAUAUUCUAGCUGUUCGAAAUUUAGCAGGGACUGGCUAAAACAUUUGUGGAAGUGCGUGUCAUCCAUAUUGAUAAUAAAGUUUGUUUUACCCCUGUGAAGUAUGUAGUUGUGGCUCUGGGCUGUUGUGUGCAUAACCCAUCCGUUAGUCUGAAAAUAAACGGGUUUGAUUGUUUUGCUGUAUUGCAACAACUUGACUUCUGGAUGAGGGUCUUCACAUAAGUAUCUAGGUGAUCGUGCGCCGUGGCUGGGUUGGAGAAAACACUUUACAGGAUGCCCCAUGUGAAAAGCAAGUGGACUGGGCUCCUCUCUUCUUCAAGAAUGAGCAAAGCCAGAUAAAUGUUUGAUUGCGCUCGGAGUCAUUUAUUAGUCUCAGAGCAGCAAUAAACAUUAUAGGGGUAAACCUGAUUUGGUACAUUUUAAAAUACCCUUGAACAGAUGGGGAACAGUAAAAGCCCAGCAUCAUUAGUUCUAGGUAUUUGCAGAGUAUGCAUGUCCCAUUAGGGACUCCUGUCAUGGCCAGGAUAAUAGCUUCUGUCUUCUCUGAUGUUUUAUGGGCCUGAAAUUGUACUUAAAACUAUAAAGAAAGAAAGCACUAGAACUCUUGGCAGGGUGCAGAAUAGCUGGAGAUUGGGAAUGUCUGCAUCGUAUUAAUGGUGUCAUUGACCCUUUUCCAGAGGGUCUGUCGGCUCUGCAAUCCGACUGUCAUUUCUCCCUAUCCUAGAACCUUGCUAAUUCGCGCAGACGUGUCCUAGCUUUCGUACCGAGGUCUUGGAAGUUUAAUAGCAGCGGAAAAUUUCAUUUCUUUGAUUUACAAUGAAUGAAGGCACUCCCACUAGCUCUUAGUACCCUGGUGCUGAUUUAAAAUGAUGCUCUGCAACAGAACUGCUCGGGACCUCUUGUAAGCCACAUCAAACCUAGUCAGACGUUUCCACUUCCAUGUCUGUGAUAAGGUCUUUAGUUGCUGAAACUCUGCAAACUUUAGGGACAUUUAUCAUGCUAGGAUUAUUGAAGCCAGACUACUGUCAGAAUAAAUAAAACAUGUUUCCCAGUGCAACUCUAAUUAUGAUUUUUAGCCAGUUGUGUAAUGUGCAGAACUUUAUUUACAAUAAAUCUUCCAGCUGCUUGCAUAAAUGAAUGAGAUUUCAUCACUUGUGACUUAAGGACCAGGAAAAGUUAAUGUGGCUGAAUAAAUUUACAGUCUAGCCUGGGUGUGUUGGCAUGUCAGGCGAGUGAGGGAGCAGAGCCGGCUAGCAUUGCCCUCCUCAGAGGGCUCAGCUAUCUUGAAUUUCACCUGGGAGUAUAUAUAUAUCAUACAGACAUCUCUCCCUUCAAGAUAUUUUUUUACAGAGACAGCUUAGAUUCUACUCUGCAUUUUAAUGGUGAGUAGGCACAGUAUCAUCCCACAGACCCCAGAACUUUUGUUUCUCAUUCCAAACUAAUAACUGAGUUUCAGUAACACGAGUUUGGCACUUUUCGGUUUAAUAUUUCAACGUUAGGGAGUUUCACAGAGAAGUUUUACAAUUUAUUUGUGGGGCGGGUACAAUUUCAACUGCUCCAACAUUGAAUGUUCCAUAAAGUGAACAUGAAAUGUGCUUUCUGCUUGGAAACAGCUGCUGGUUUAGCUGUGCAACCUGAAAUUAGCCUCAGAUUGUAGGACAAAAGGUAAAGGUUUAGUAGAGAGCGAUGGUGGGGGCCUGCAGGAGGGCAGCACUGGGGUAGUGUGUGCAGUUUGCAAUGGAAAGUAGAAAAGCUGUGAGAGCAAAAGUUUUCAGAAGGUUUUAUAAGCUGUAGAGAGCAAAUCAAAGGUUCUUGGCUCCAUCCCGGAGGCUUUGCAGUUGCUAUUUCACACCCAGGCCCCUGUCACGUAAUUAGCUAGAACUAGUUUAUAUGGCUUCUUAAAAAAUGAAAAUCUUUUUUGCUUGUUUAUGCAGGCUACCAGCCAGUCUGCUUCUGGCUACACUGCUUUAUAUCUGGAGCAAUUCCUUUGAAGUCACUGGAGUUGCACUACAUUAACACUGGAGUACGUAGAGCAGAAUUUAUCCUUUUAGCUGAGUUUAAUGUUUUUGAUGUAUAUCUUCCGGUCACAAUGCUUUGAAAAAUGUACUAAAAAGUAUUUUACAUAUGGUUAUCUGAUGUUUGUAAUCAGGCUGCUAAUCUGUGUCUCCCUACAAAGUUUGCAAUUAUUAGCUUUAAACGCAUCCUUCUUUUUUUUUUUCCCCUCACUGGCCUGGGGUCUUGUUUAAACAUGUGAUCCUUCUUACGGAUGCAGAUUUACUCUUUGGCAGUAUCAAUACUUGCAUUCAGUACUAGUGCCUUAAGGAUAGUGGUUUACAACUGGAUUUAGAAGGAAUGUAUGAAUUUCACUGAGGUUUGGAAGAGAGAAAUUUGCCCUGCGGUGCAGUUAGCGUGUCUGGACCUUAAUUUUGCAUGCUUCGGGGUUCUCACGUGAUGAAAGCUUCCUUAUGCCAAAAGCAUGUACUUUCUAUUUCUUAGGAAGACAAUCAGAGCAUAUACCACGGAAGGGGGGUCAGGUUUGGUCCUCGGAUGAGUAGAGAUGCUCUCCAGGUGCAAGCCCAUGUGUGUUUGCCCAUGAGUUGUGCAGGCUCGGGCGGCUGUCCCAUGCUACUUGCAACCGCCUUCCUCUGCCUUCUGUGGGGCUGCACCGUGCUUGAGGCUUUUCCUUGGGGCAUCGGAGUCUUUCUGAAAGCCUGGCGCGUUCUGUUGGACUGCACCUGUUGCAGUUACGCUGGGGGUAAGAAGAGGAAGGAAGAGGGACGCUAUCCUUCCUGCUUUUGUUGGUAGUAUUAACCUAGAAAUGUGUCCACCGGUUGUACCAUGAACGAGCAUCAAAGCAAACCUUGAUCCCAGGCCAGAUGUUGGGCAGGUUUUCAGCUGAAGGCUUACAGCUUGCAGUGGAGAACCUCCCAUUUUCACAGUGAAAAACAAGUUGUUACAUUCCUUCUGAGGCUUUUUCAGGACAGCAAUUAGAGUUCGAGUGAAUGACUCGCUGCUGCUAUCCAAGAGGCACGAAAGGAACUUUUUAGCAAUGCACUUUUCUCAAGGCACGGAUCCUUCAUCUGCAAAGCCCAGAGGCUUGCAAGUAGAGAAAGGAACCCUGUUCCGUGAAGCACUUCAGAUGGUAUUUCAGUCCAGUGUAGAGUUUGCUGUUAAACAUAUGCGUAGGUAUUUUGCUGAAAUAGGGUAUAACCACAUGUUUGAAGUUGCCACGUACUGAUGUGCUCUGCUGAAUUUCAGCUUUAAAAUGGCUACAGCCAGCGACCAGAUCUGCACUACAGACUUCGCAAGAGAAAUCUGCCAGUGGCCCUGAAAAAUAAAAUUAAUUUCGCCCUUGGCGAGCUGUCCAAUUCAGCAGGUUUAUCAAUGCAGCUUGUUUUGCUUCGGUAGCAGGAAGAGGGAAGGAGAAAGGAGGUGCUUUUACUUUGUGGCUACAAAACAGUUUGCAAGUAUGGCUGUAUCAUAGAAGAAGUGCUUUGCUGUUAGGGCACACCGCUGUUCCUGUCCCAGUAAAGCAGUCCUCGUAGAGAUGUAACCUGUGCUGCGUUUGCACACCUUGUUCAUUUGGUGUGCAAAUGAAGUCGGUGUGCGUAGGGCAAAGAGCCCCAGCUCAGUCCCAGAAGCCAUAAAAACGGGUCUACUGUGGUGGUUGCUUAGUCUCCUGCUGAGAAACUGACUUUCUGUAAUGCUCGUACUUUACUGACAGUGAAAUGAUUGAAACUCAGGAGGUGCCCAAAUUUGGGUGGCAUGUUUGUCUAACUGUUCAUCAGGUUUUCAUGCAAAAAUUACCUGUAUCUGUAAAAAAACCCCCACACUGAAUUCUCCUUCACCCUUAGUUUGUUGGGUUUUUUGGUUUUUUUUUUUUUAAUACCUUCAGCAUGAAAAUCAAGCCUUUAACUUACAGGUAAACAUUUGUCCUAAGGCAUGGAAAUAGCAGAGGUUGGUUUUGCACUGGGACGUGAACCAGAGGAGUAGGCAGGUAGUUGACUCUGUGGACCCUACGAGCCACAGCUGACGCUAAUGGUUCAUAGUAUUAUAUUUCUGCUGAUUUGUAUUUCUGCUCGAGCAUCGUAGGAGAGAGCAGGACAAGGCCUGAUCCUUGUGCGGUUUCACACCAGGGAUUGUUGCCUACCCUAUAGCUGUUUUAUUAUACACGAGUGCUCAGGAAACGUCUGCAAAAACCUUUGGAUUUAAAACCUGUAACUUGUGACCCUUUUAGCACACAUCUCUGAAGCUGAACCAUGAGAUUUAGAAAGAAAAUAUUUUCUGCUACUUUAUAUAUAGAAUAUCACCAAAUUGUCUGAACUUUGAUUUGACAGAAGGCUAUGGAAGGAAACAUCUUGCUCUCUGACAUGCUUCUCUGUCUGAUCUACAAUUUGAUUUGCAAUGGUGUAAUCUCUUAGUGGUGAAAAAGUAUUUCCCGGUUUCCUGUUUGUUUCAAUAAAGUGCACGAUUCUUA